GCACUUGCGGUUGUGUUCUUUCUUGUUUAUUUGUGUUGCAAAUUAAGUUUAUAUUUCGAUAUAAACUUAUUUCUUACAUUAUUAACGUUGAGUUGAACAUCCCGUUCCUCCGUUUUAGUGUUUACAGUGAGAAAGAGACUCAAAAACGUGCUGUGCAUUGUGCUAAAGAGACAGAGACUCAAUUUUAUCUUUCAUCAUGAAAGAAAACGAAAGGAAAUGUUACAAGUGCUCAUGAUCGUAACAUCACUUUGUUUUCCUAAGCCUGGGAGAACAAAUAGCUUACGUUACGUAUGCUAAAUAGCUUUUUGAUUACUGAUUAAAACAGUUUUAAAAUGUUUAAAUUAGAACCAUUGAAUUAAUAAAGUAACAGAAAUAAAAAUUAUUAUGGGCCGCAUCGGCUAACGAUAUAAAAACGUGUGCAAAUAAAUCUGAAAAUUAAAGAGAAAUUAUGCAGAACAGCAUGAGAUGUAUCACAUAGAAAUAAUAAUAUAAUAAAGUAGUUAUAGAUGUAUUGGUACACAUAGAAAUAACUUAUGGAAUAAUAUUUAUAUAUGUAUACAAUACAAUCACAUUGUUUGAAAGAAACAACGUCUUGUAUUGCACUCUUCUUCCAAGCAUGUUUUUAGCACCACAGUAGUAUAUUAUUAUCUAAUUGUAUUUUUUCAGAUGUUAAUUAUGGGCGAAGUACUGUUUUCCUUAUGACUCUUGGUGGUCACCAGAAUUUAAAAACAAUCUUCAUUCUAGGCGUUCAAUGUUGUGCACUAAACAUUUUAAGAAAUCAUCAUUCAUUGAUAAUUUUGGAAAGAGGCUAUUCAAAUCUGCAGUACCUGAUGAGGAAUGUGAUAAGAUCACAUUAGCUGACCUUAAUUUGGAACAAAGGAAUAUCAUUCAACAUAUUGCAGGGGAACUCUCUUCAGAGGCUGUCACUACAGCUAAUGUUAUUGCAAAUAUGGACAAGCUGUUUGAUUGUGUCAACGCAUGCACACCAGACCUAAGAAGGGGGAAACCAUUUUCGACAAACAUGACAAAUAAUACACCACAUCUCACACAUUUCACUUUAAUGAAGAAAUUUUUUAAAGAAAUGACGUUUUUGGGAUGCAAACGAGCUCCUCCAUCCCAAGAAGGUUGGAUAUGGUCCAUCAAUAAAAUAGAACGAAUCUGCAGUCAAUAACAAUAAUAUAACGAAAAUAAUUUCUACAAAUGUAAUAUUAUUGGUGGCAUCUAUAAUAUAAUCAGGUUAUUGGAGUUUAGACAUAAUAUUGCAAAGCUAUUGCCUUGUUUGUAGAAUGUGAAGGUAAAUAAUGUUUUCUUGUUAGAAAAAAAUGUUUAUAUUAGAUUGUCUAAUCUUUUUUAUAUAAAACCAAUGUACCUUUACUUUCAAUUUUGCUUAAAUGUCAUGUUACAUAUGCCGUUUACUUAAUAGGUGAAGUGAUGAAGUAAUUAGCUAUAAACUAAUACUCGUUGACACGUGUUUUAGCGAAGUUACGAGAAUGCUUAUUUCUUAUACUUCGCUAAAACACGCCUACCUCUUAAAAAUAGACUAUUCUGCUUUACAUAACUACUUAACUAUUAAAUCGAUAUUUAGUGAAGAGAUGUUGAGAACUGUUUACAUGCAUAAAGUUAAAAAUUUGUUAAUUACUCCGUUACUUACGUCCAUCAAUGUACCAACGGUUUUUCUAUGUACCAAUGUAGACAAGUAUGUAAUGUAAAUAAAAAUUAUGUAUUUCAAAAACCACAUUUACUUGAAAAAUAGUUCCUUUUUUAUAUUAAAAUGAUUGCUAAUCGUUUCAAAAGUGGUUUAUGAAUGUAAAGUACCAUAAUUUACAAAUAACUUUGUGCUUUUGUUUUCGUUUUAAUUUAGCAAUAUAUAUCAUUGAAACGAAAAACUACAAGCUAUAUCUAUCUAUAUGGUAUUUUACAUUCUUAAGCCAUUUUUGAAACGAAACAACCAAGACGCCAACUAAAAAAAAAAUCACGUAUCAAAAUUCCCGCGCAAAAAAGUUUUAGGGGGCACGACAGAGAUGGCGUGCAUUACGGGUGCCAUUUUCUUUGUUUGAAGUUGACAUUCUUCCCGUCUAAGGGUAUUAGUGUUCUGUGUUAUAACUUUACCUCUUUUGCCGGCUAUGCUGCACGUAAAAUACGAAACCUCCAUUCACCACAAAAAAAAUGCUUGGUCUUCUUAAAGAAGCAUGUGCACACAUCACAAAGUAUGAUUGGAUCAAUGUAGUAGAAAAGAUAAAGAAAAUUAUAACGGAAGACUUUAGAAGCGACGUACACUUUGACAAUUUAAUUGAAAAUGAAUUUAUUAUAAGGUUAACCGAUGAAGAUAGUUCAACUGAUGUUAAUUUUUCUGGAUCAUCCAGUGACGAAAGUGAAUAAAAUGUUACGAAUUC